GUUUUCAGAUGGCGCUUCAGUCAAUCAUUGAAAAUAAGUCAAAUAAAAAAAAAGAAAUUGAACAAAUUGCGUGAAAUGUUUUCUACAUUUGUGACGGUAUAUCAAUUGCUUCCCCAAAAAUAAAGUGGAAAGAGGAAGUUGCUGAAGCAGUUUUUAACAUCAAUCAGCGAACUAAUUGAACAAAAUACGCAAUAAAUUCGCUGUAAAAUUCAAUAGCGCAACCAUAAAAACGACAUGCAAUAAGUUUCAGUGUCAUUUCAUCCGAGCUCAUUUGAUUCUUCUUCUUUUUUUUCUGGAAAAUAAAAAUUGAAUGUGUGAAACUCUUGUCACUUGCCAUCUUUUAUGUUAAUCAUCAUUUUGGUUAGAUUGAAUAUUCGGUUGUUGUCUAUUCAUGGUUUGAAUGAUUUUGUGACCAAAAUCGACUAGACAAUCAAUCCGUGGCAUAUACAUAAACUAAACACAGUGUUCGGGUGAAAAGUGUAAAUAUUGUUAGUGGUGAAAAAUCAAGGCAACAUUCUUCUUUCCGCAUUCAUACAGUCUCGGUUCGGCCACUUUAUUUUUGCGACGACACAAAAGCAAGCACACACGUUUGGGAUCCGUUUUUAUUGUCGGGGGUUAUUUUAUCUUCUUUUUGUGUGUGUGUCGAGAACAACUACACGCAAACACACACAUACACACGAUUCGCCACCCAAAAUAAAUAGAGUGAAAAGUGUGCAAAUCGAAAAUCCCAUCGAACCAUCCAGUCGAAUAAAGUGUGUGUCGGUGUAUAGAAAGAACGCAAUUUUGCAAACCGCAAAAAAAGAUGUUUUGCUAAAACAGAAAUAUGCAUAUGACAUUGUGUACGGAGGCCCUUCGACAUGAAAUGGAGUAAUUAAGUCAAACUUUGGUCACAGUGUUUGUGUCUGUGUAGUGCUACUACUGUCGCUGCUGCUGUUUGUACUACGAAAGUGUUGAAGUAUUGAACUAUUUUAAAAACAAAUGUAUGCUUCAUCCCCUUCAUCGUCUAUGCUGUACAAAACAAUAAUUAGUUCAUUGUUCGUUCAUCAAAAAUACAAAUAAUAUAUGAACGAUAUUAUUGAACAAGUUUCAAGUUCUACAUACUUUCUCAGCGACAAACGGGAGCAACAUUUAAGGUUGCCGAUUGUAAGUGACUGUCCGGCCGGUCAAACAGAAAGAAUUGCGUCUAAUCUACAUUCACCAUCAAGUAGUAGUACAAUGGCAGUGAGUCGUGUACCGUCACCACCACUCCCUGAAGUAAAUACACCAGUUGCAGAAAACUGGUGUUACACACAGGUCAAAGUUGUAAAAUUCAGCUACAUGUGGACAAUAAAUAACUUUAGCUUUUGUAGAGAAGAAAUGGGAGAAGUUUUAAAAUCAUCAACGUUUUCAGCUGGUGCUAAUGACAAACUUAAAUGGUGCCUACGAGUUAAUCCAAAAGGCUUAGAUGAAGAAAGUAAAGAUUACUUGUCACUGUAUCUCCUAUUAGUCUCGUGUAACAAAUCCGAGGUCAGAGCCAAAUUCAAAUUUUCAAUAUUGAACGCGAAACGAGAGGAAACCAAAGCAAUGGAAUCACAAAGGGCUUACCGUUUUGUUCAAGGCAAGGAUUGGGGUUUCAAGAAGUUCAUCCGACGAGACUUUCUGCUGGAUGAAGCAAAUGGAUUGUUGCCAGAGGAUAAACUAACAAUAUUUUGUGAAGUUAGCGUUGUAGCUGAUAGUGUGAAUAUUUCCGGACAAAGUAAUAUAAUCCAAUUCAAAGUUCCCGAAUGCAAAUUAUCGGAAGAUCUGGGCAAUCUGUUUGAUAAUGAGCGCUUCAGUGAUGUUACAUUAGCUGUAGGCGGUAGAGAAUUCCAGGCACACAAAGCAAUCUUGGCUGCACGAAGUCCCGUGUUUGCGGCGAUGUUUGAGCACGAAAUGGAGGAGCGGAAACAAAAUCGAGUGGCUAUUUCAGAUGUUGACCAUGAAGUAUUGAAGGAAAUGCUGCGAUUCAUUUACACCGGUAAAGCACCCAAUCUGGAAAAAAUGGCCGACGAUCUGCUUGCGGCUGCUGACAAGUAUGCUUUGGAAAAACUGAAGGUGAUGUGCGAAGAGGCACUCUGUGUUAACCUUUCUGUAGAAACCGCCGCCGACACACUGAUAUUGGCCGAUUUACACAGUGCAGACCAAUUAAAAGCCCAAACGAUAGAUUUUAUCAACACUCAUCCGACGGAUGUGACAGAAACACUAGGAUGGAAGAAUAUGAUAGCAAGUCAUCCACAUCUCAUAGCUGAGGCUUAUGGAGCGUUAGCAACACAACAAAUCCCGCCAAUUGGACCACCUCGUAAACGCGUUAAGCUGAGCUGAAAUAAAGCUUUAAUAGCGUCUACCUACAAUCACAAUAUCAAACAAAACAACAACAACGACAACGAGAACAAUAGCAGCAACAAUGUGAAUACUAAAGAGAAUAUCAACGGUGAAUUCGACAUUUCAGCAGUAGCAUCAUCUGAACACUCCGAAAGUGGCAAUUUCUAAUGCAACACAACACACACACACACACACACACACACACACAUCAAUGCCACACGGUGGAACUAAAUUACCUAAACAUCAUUAAAAAUCAUCAUCAACAGCAUCAAAUGUCACACUCAAAUCAUAUGUUAUGAUAUUUCAAGUAGUUCAGAUAAUGUGAAUGUGAAUGUGAAAGAGUGUAACAUUUAAUUUACAGUGAAAAUACACACAUUUUUCUCUCUCUGUCUCUCUCUUUCUCUCCAUACAAAUGGUUGAAUCGUCUUCGUCGAUCGAAAGGAAGACAUUAACAGAAAAACAAAAAACAAACACAAACACAGAACAAAAA